AGCAUUCCGGAAACGGAAGGAAAUAUCUGUUACGCUGAGGCUGGAGUGGGAAGUGGUGACCUUUCUGGAGGACGCCGAGCGGAAAAACCUGCCAAGAUGGGUCUGGAGUUUGGAAACCUGGCACGCGUGAGACACGUGAUCACCUACAGCUUGUCUCCCUUUGAACAGAGAGCAUUUCCCAACUACUUCUCCAAAGGGAUUCUCAACGCCUGGCGGCGAUUCAGUUCACAGUUCUUCCGGGUGGCUCCUCCAUUUAUCAUCGGCUAUAUGAUUUAUUCCUGGGGGACGGAAGAAUUUGAACGCCUGAAAAGGAAGAACCCUGCCGACUACGCGAACGAUGAAUAAUCCGAAUCUGGCCGAGAACCAUUAUGGCAUCUUACCCGUGUCAGCGCUUGUUCUGCCUCCUGGCUCGUUGAAAAACACUUAAAAAAAAUUAUAAAGACAAAAAAAAACCCACUUAAAAAGUCUCGUUCAAUAAACCUGUAUUUCUGAUCCCA